CUCUCUCCAGCCGAACGGCUAGAUGUCAAGCGACAAGACCGUCGGCCACGGCGACGACGCCUUCAACACCUUCUUCUCUGAGACCGGUGCCGGCAAGCACGUCCCACCCGCCAUCUUCGUCCACCUCGAGCCCACCGUCAUCGACGAGGUCCACACCAAAACCUACCGCCAGCUCUUCCACCCCGAGCAGCUCAUCUCUGGCAAGGAGGACGCCGCCAACAACUUCGCCCGUGGUCACUACACCAUCGGCAAAGAGAUCGUCGAUCUCUGCCCGGAUCGGAUCCGGAAGCUUGCUGAUAACUGCACCGGGCUCCAGGGAUUCCUUGUCUUCAAUGCUGUCGGUGGCGGUACCAGGUCAGGUCUCAGGUCGCUUCUGCUGGAGAGGCUUUCUGUGGACUAUGGGAAAAAGUCCAAGCUCGGAUUCACUGUGUAUCCUUCUCCUCAGGUUUCUACAUCUGUUGUAGAGCCCUAUAACAGUGUGCUCUCCACUCAUUCUCUGCUUGAGCACACCGGUGUGUCUGUGUUGCUCGAUAAUGAGUUAUUAUAGGUUUUAACAUGAAUUCAAUUACUGAUGAUUAAUUGAAGAUGUAUUUAUAGUCAAAUUUUUUUGUGCUUAACUAAUACUCUUGUGUUUUUGAACUAGAUGACUGGUUAUAAUUUGCGUAAUUAAUACCUGCGUGUUUUGAAUCUCCUUAUUAGGGGGCAAUAAUAUGAUUAUUGGGAGGCAAUAAUAUGAUUAUUGGAGGGCCAAUAAUAUGAUUAUUGGGGGUCAAUAAUAUGAUUAUUGGGGGGCA